AUGAGGCUCAUCACACUCAUCAGCGGCCUCCUAACGCUCGUAGCCACGGUCACCGCCCAAGACGAGACAGGCGACCACCCCAACUGGCCACGCUGGUGUGGCAAAGUCUAUGAAUCAGGGUAUCCUUCCUUCGAGCCGGGCGGACAUACGACGGCGCCGCCGGACAAUGGCUCGACGUAUCUGUACGUGCAGUUCAAGCCGCGAUACAGCAUCUACCUCGAUGGCGAGACGACGGCAUCGUUCGUGGUAAAUGCUGCGCUGUCCCCGUGGUACGGUGGUGCGUGGACAAACUCUACGACCGAUGGCACGGCGACGCAGCCGUUCACCGACCUCGUGUUCUCGAUCAAUGUCGCAGGAAACAACACACCGCUGGUGAAAAGCAGCAUCAGCAUCAAUGAGACGGGCAUAGAGUUCGAAUUCGACCUGUCCGCCUUCGAGCCCAGCUUGACACCCUAUGACGUGGUGCUCUCCGGCUCCUCAGUCUACGAAGACCACAUCGACACCGCAGCAAGCUCAUUCCUGUACCUGCCAGACAACCCCUCCGGCAGCGCGACCAAGAUCGACAACCUGAACGGCGGCCUACUCUUCAAGAACGCCGCAACAAACAACUCAUUCGUGCCGCUGCUGCCGUACGGCUACUACGGCUGGUACAACGGGUCGACCGUCCCCGCGGAGGCCGACGCCUUCGUGCACGAGUACACCAGCAACGGGGAGGGCCUGAAUGCAAUCAUAGCGCUGGCCAACUAUACGGACACGAACCCGGUGUACGACAGCAUGGACGAGUUUGGGCUGCACUACAUGUUCGACUUGCGCAGCUCGUAUAAGAAUCUGACGGAGACGGAGACGCGGGUGAAUACUAUCAAAGGGCGUUCUUCGCUGUUUGCGUACUGGACUGCUGACGAACCCGACGGCCAACAAGUCCCCUUCAACACCACCCCAGCCGCCCAAUCCCUAAUCCACACCCUGGACCCCUACCACCCGGUCGCCAUAACGCUCAACUGCCAAGACUUCUACUUCGGCGCCUACGCCGCGGGCGGCGACAUCCUAAUGGCCGACCCGUACCCAAUCGGCACCUCCUACGCGCUCUCGAAAUGGGGCACGACGUGCAACGCCACCCUCGGCGACUGCGGGUGCGAUAACUGCGCUGGCACCGUGCAAGACGUGCCUUCGCGCUUGGACGAUCUGGCGAUGUAUGAAAGCUGGUUGGGCCGCUGGCCGCUGCCGAGGUUCUUCAAUCCGCAGGUUUUCCAUGGCGAGGACUACUGGGCGCGGGACCCGACGCCGGGGGAGGCGCGCGUGAUGAAUGCGCUGGCGUUUAGUCGGGGUGCCACGGGGAUCUUUGGGUGGACGUGGCCUAGUAGCGAUGUGUUGUUCGCGACGCACUCCGAGAUGGCGGCCGUGGUGACGGCGUCGCCGGUGAGGGAGUUCUUGCUUGGUGGGAAGGCAGAGCCGUUGACCGUGGAGGGGACGGAGCUUUUGGAUGCGGCGUAUUGGGUUCAGGGGGAGCGGAUGAUGGUUAGUGUGGUUAAUGGAGGAUAUGUGGAUGUGAAUAGCACGCUGGCUGUUGAGCUGCCGGUGGCGGCGACGGGGUUCGAAGCGGUGCCGUUUGGGGGGCUGUCGUGGAGGUUGGUAAGUGGGCGGUUGACGGUUGAUCGCCUCCCUGCCAUGUCGUCGAGUUUCAUCAUUCUGGGUCUUGAAGUUACUGGAUAG